UGUCAUCACAGUAGCGGUGUUCACACCUGCUCUCUUCCUUAUUCUCUCCGCGAAUGUCGCGAUCGUGUCCGUCAUCAUCAUCAUCAGAACAUUUAUUGAUGAAGAGUGAUGGAGCUGCUCCCUGUGCUCGAUCCAGAGGAGAAGCUUCGGGACAGACUGUGGUAUGUCGUUGUGGCCACAGGUGCUGCUCCUGGUGUCUCUGUGGGUCACACCUGCACAUUUCUGCCCUCCUCUGAUGGAGGAAAGGGAAGGAUUGUGGUCGUCGGUGGAGCCAAUCCUGACGGGAGCUUCUCUGACUCCCACAUGAUCAAUCUGGAUUCUCAUGAAUGGGAGAUUCCAGAAUGGGCCGGUCUGCAGGCGCGUUAUGAACACUGCAGCUUUGUUCCCGAGAGCGACCCGCAAAGUCUGUGGGUGUUUGCUGGAGCCGAGAAGAGCGGAAACCGCAACUGUGUUCAAGUGUUGCGCAUGUCAGAUGGUUUGUGGAAGACAGUGCAGGUGAAAGGAAGUCCUCCUACAGUCAGGACGUACCACACAAACUCCGCCUGUGUUGGAAACAGACUCUACGUGUUUUCGGGAGGCGACGCCGGAGCAGCUCCAGUCACUGAUCCACAAGUCCACGUCUUUGAUUCAGUCACUGCGACCUGGACGCAGCCACAGAGCACAGGGAAACCUCCUGCGCCGCGGCACGGACACGUGAUCGCAGCCAUCGGAUCGGACAUCUACAUACACGGAGGAAUGUCAGGAGAGACGUUUCACAACGACAUGUUCUUACUGAACACGGAAACUAUGAAAUGGGAGAAAGUGAAAGCGAAAGGCGAAAUCCCACCAGGAGUGGCGGCGCAUUCAUCCGUGAGCUUUGGGAAAAACAUCUUCAUCUUUGGAGGAAUGACGUCAGAAGGAGCCUCAAAUUCCAUGUUCAAGUUUCAGUGCGACAAACAGCGCUGGACGCGGCUGAAGUUUGAAGGAGAUCUUCCUCCGGGGCGACUGGAUCACUCCAUGUGUUUAGUGCCGUGGCGUGUGAAGACGGCGGGUCGAGAAACAUGUGACGCAGAUGUGCAGCAUCUGUGCUUCAUCUUCGGAGGAAUGGACACUCAGGGCGUCAUAUUCAACGACUGCCUCGUUACGCUGCUCACAUGACCACUAGCUUUAAUAUUCAAUAAACAUAUUCAAUCUCAAAACA